AUGGCAUAUAGAGGAACCACACAAAUGACAGUGCCUUCGAUGAAGAUAGUCUUGGAGAAUGGAGAUUUAAUCUGUUUGGCUGCUUUGACGAUUGUGGAUUAUGAAAAGUCGGACAACGCCUCAGCUGAGGGAUCCUUAAAUGGCGAGGACCUUACGAAUUUAGAAGAAAGAUUGAUUUUGAACCACGGAUCUUGGUUUUGA